AUGGCAUCGGCUUCCAGCAAGGUCGGUGGCCUCGCCGUCGCCAUCCGCGUCAUCGUCCCCGUGGCGCUGGGGUCCGCCGGCUACGUCGCCUACAAGAUCAACUGGUCCGCCGCCAUCCAAAACUUCCUAACCGGGCCGGGGCGCAGCUCGCGCAUCCUCCUGCUGCUGUUUGCCGUGCUCAACUGGAAGAACCUGCCAUUUGCAUGGACGUACCGCGUCUUCUACGCCAUCGUCUACCACAACAUGCUCCGCAAGUCGCCGGACCUCACGCCGCGGGCGCUCUUCAAGCCCAUCAUCUCGGAGACGCGGGCGCCGCUCCUCGAAAUCGACUACAACCUGCACAAGUCCAACUCGACCUACUUCACGGACCUGGACGUGGCGCGGACUCACCUCGUCAGCUACCUCACGCGGCCGGCGAUGCGCAGCCUCACGGACAACGCGCGGACGGGCCUGGUGCUGGACCCCAAGACGGGCCGGCCGGCGCGCGGGCCCAUGGGCAUCAUGCUGGGCUCCGUGUCGUGCUCCUUCAAGAGGGAGAUACGCGCCUACCGCGCGUACGAGCUGUGGAGCAGGCUGCUCGCCUGGGACCGGAAAUGGCUGUACAUUGUGACGCACUUUGUGCCCCGGGGCGCGGCCCGGCCGACCGAGUGGCUGGACCCGCGCUUCGGCCGCGCGCGCACCAGGAGCGGCGCCGACGCCUCCGCCGGCUGGGAGGCCGGCAUCCACGCCUCCGCCGUGAGCAAGUACGUCUUCAAGCUGGGCCGCUUCACCGUCCACCCGGCCAUUGUGCUGCGCGAGUCGGGCCUGCUGCCGGACCGCCCGGGCGGCUGGACCGGCGGCGACAACCAGCUCGGCGACGAGGCCGCCGACCUGGGCCACGUCGACCUCGCCGUCGACGGGGAGUGGGAUUGGGCGCGCGUCGAGGCCGAGAGGCGCCGCGGCAUCGAGCUGGCCGCCCACCUGGCCAAGCUGGAUGAGUGCCAUGGCUUGUUUGACGGCGGCACGCACGGCGCCCUGGCCAAGGUCGGGCCGUGCUAG